AAUUAAUAAGAAUGAGAGGAAAACAGCCCACUCCCAUUCCCUUCCUCACCCUUGUCUGUCCUUCUCCUGUCGUCUCCGUGUCCCUCCUUUCUUUUCCAUUCACUCUCCUCCUUUGACACUCUCUCUCUCUCGAGACACAACAAAAUAAAACCAGUGUUCUAUUUUCUCUAUCUCUUAUUAUCCAUUACCCUUACAAAUGGGAGAAACCGGUAACAUUGCAACGUUAAACCCAACGGCUCAAGAAUUUAACCCAACAAACAACAUUCCCCUAACAAUCGCCGUCGGCGUUCCCUAUCCCUACCCACCUUACGCCGUCACACCUCCGCCGCAUCUCUCACCUAUACCAACCCGUUCAAUCCUCCUAAGUCCAGUCCCUCCUACCCCUGAAUCCAACCUCCGAAAAGAUCUCGCAGCCUUCGGUGAAGUCAGAGCCGUCAAUACCGAUUCCUUCCGUCACGGAAUCGUAACGGCUCACUUCUAUGACCUAAGACACGCCGAAACGGCGUUUACUGCUAUUCGUACUCAUCAUGUUCACUGUGUCUCGUUCUUUAACCCGCUUUCUCAUCCGCAAUUUUACUCUGCUCCUCCGCCGCCGCCGGGUCUCGUCGCCGGCGUUCCUCUUUGGGCUCACUAUGUUUUCUCCGAUACUGAAAAUCAAGGAACCCUAGUCCUAUUCAACGUUGACGACAACGUUUCCGCUGAUCAUCUCCGACGAGUUUUCGAGCCUUUUGGAGCUGUAAAGGAAGUGAGGAACACUGCAGGGAAGAAAAAGAAUCAAAGAUUUGUGGAAUUUUUUGACAUAAGAGAUGCAGCAAAAGCUAUGAAUGAAAUGAAUGGAAAAGAAAUUGAUGGAAAAAAUGUUGUUAUUGAGUUUAGUAGACCAAAAUUUUUCCAUCCAAAUAAUCCUAAUUUAUAUGUUUCCAAUAAGCCAUUUCAUUUAAACUUUAAUCAACCACCACCUCCUCCGCCACGGCAUUGUUUCGGUCCUACACCACAAUUAUCUCCAAAAAGUUUCACAUUGAGUCCUAAUAGAAUUGGUGGUGAUGAACAUUAUGGUGCUAAGAGGAACUUUGUUAGGAGUGAAAGUAGAGAGAGCUUUGGAGAAAGAAGUUGGGUUUGGAAAGGGAAGCAACAAGUAAGGAAGCAUGAAGCUCGUUUUUUUAUCAAAGAAGAUGCCAUUGUUGAAUCUGAUUCUAGAACAACUCUCAUGAUCAAAAACAUACCCAACAAGUACAGUCAGAAGCUACUGUUGAAUAUGUUGGAUAACCACUGCAAACACUGCAAUGACCAGAUAGGCGACGGCGAUGAUCAGCCUCUAUCCUCCUAUGACUUUGUCUACCUUCCUAUCGAUUUCAAGAACAAGUGCAACGUGGGAUAUGGGUUUGUGAAUAUGACAUCUCCAGAGGCAACGCUAAGACUCUACAAAGCCUUCCACCGCCAAAAUUGGGAGGUCUUUAACUCAAGAAAAAUUUGUCAACUCACCUAUGCCAGAAUUCAGGGUUUGGAAGCAAUGAAAGAGCAUUUUAAGAACUCAAAAUUCCCAUGCGAAAUGGAGCAUUACUUACCAGUGGUAUUUUCACCACCUAGAGAUGGUAAAAAUUUAACAGACCCAAUUCCAGUAGUUGGGAACAUGGUAAGAGUAGGUGGUGCUUCUCCUCCUGUAGAUGAUGAGAUAGAGGAAGGUCGAUGUGCUUGUGAUGACGGUGUCUGCUACAAAAAUGGCAGCAUAGGUUAUGAUGAUGAUGAUGAUAAAACAGAUGUGAAGUGAAGAAGUGAAGUUAUGAAGCCUUAGCUAGCUAGCUAGCUGGGUGAAAUAGUGUACAUGAUUGAAUGUGCAUUUAUUUAGCUAGCAAAUCAAAGAAUUAAAGUUGGUUGAGCAACGAGCCACAUUUUGUGUUGAGGUGUUCUCACAAGUCCCCACCAUCUUACAACUUUCAACUUCAUGCUGCUCGUUGCUCUCACUUUUCAGUUUUUUAUUUUUAGACUAUUUUUUUUUUUUAUUUUGGUUUCUUGCGUUUAAUAUUUUAGACUAGUUUCUUAUGUCCUUUUUAAAUUACUAUAUGUCUUGUAUGCUCUAGGUUCUUUCUGGCAUUUCAGAUGUACUAGUAUUUUCUUAGCUUACAAAUUUAAAUUUCUGCAAGAUUUUCUAUCUACUAGUUUUUAUUGCAUGGUACAUUUUAACGGUGGAUAAAUAAGGACUGCUUUUAAGGCAGUUAUUAUUAUUAUAUAAUAACAUUGGAAAUGUGGUUAACAUAUGA